AGAGGUGAGAGCGCAGAUGUCACGAGAAAAGCGGCCACACGACCAGAGCGCACAGACCGACGCACCGAACGACAUCAGCCCGCCUCCCUGCGCCCCGGUCUGGGAUGCUUUUAGCGCAGACACGCUUCCACUCAGGGCAGCCAGUGGACGUUGACGAAAAUUAUCCACACUCUUUUCGUUGUUGUUAUUUUUAAUUAAGGAUCUUUUUCCCCGUCCGCAGCCCCCGCCCCCUCCCCAUUUUUAAGUGUUUAUGUUUGUUUCUUCAUGACUGCUGCUUUGGGAAGCGAGCCUCAGCACCAGCUCCAGCAACGCCAACACGAUGCGAGCCCAAAUUGAAGUUAUACCAUGUAAAAUCUGCGGAGACAAAUCAUCAGGUAUCCACUAUGGAGUCAUUACAUGUGAAGGAUGUAAGGGUUUCUUCAGACGGAGUCAGCAGAACAAUGCCUCCUACUCCUGCCCUCGCCAGAGGAACUGCCUCAUCGACAGAACAAACCGCAACCGCUGCCAACACUGCCGCCUGCAGAAAUGUCUUGCCCUAGGAAUGUCCAGAGAUGCGGUUAAGUUUGGCCGCAUGUCCAAGAAGCAACGUGACAGCCUGUACGCAGAGGUCCAAAAGCACCAGGCACGACUGCAGGAGCAGCGGCAACAGCAGACAGGCGAAGCUGAAGCUCUGGCUCGUGUUUAUUCAUCCAGCCUAACCAACGGACUGUCCACCCUCAACCAUGAAAUUGGGGGCACCUAUGCCAAUGGCCAUGUCAUAGAUCUACCCAAAGGUGGCCAUGGUAAUGGAGGUGGAGUCCCGGGAGGCUAUUAUGGGAUGGACUCCACUCAGCCAUCUCCAGACCAGUCAGGUUUGGACAUGUCGGGCAUGAAGCACAUUAAGCAGGAACCGGUUUAUGAUCUGACGCCAGUACCCAACCUGUUCAGCUACGGGGGCUACCAGGACAGUCAACUUGGACCAAAUAAUGUCAGCAUGGGAGAGCUGGACCGUAUUGCUCAAAAUAUUAUCAAGUCGCACUUGGAGACAUGUCAGUACACAACAGAGGAGUUACAGCAGCUAGCCUGGCAGACACAUUCUUAUGAAGAGGUCAAGAUGUACCAGAGCAAGCCCCGGGACGUGCUCUGGCAGCAGUGUGCCAUCCAGAUCACCCAUGCAAUCCAGUAUGUGGUGGAGUUUGCCAAGCGCAUCUCAGGGUUCAUGGAACUGUGCCAGAAUGACCAGAUCCUGCUUCUGAAAUCAGGUUGUUUGGAAGUAGUGUUGGUUCGGAUGUGCAGGGCGUUCAACCCUCUCAACAACACUGUUCUGUUUGAGGGGAAGUAUGGAGGCAUGCAGAUGUUCAAAGCUCUAGGUUGCGAUGACUUAGUGAGCGCAGUGUUUGACUUUGCCAAGAGUUUGUGUUCAUUGCAGCUAACAGAGGAGGAGAUUGCUCUCUUCUCAGCAGCUGUACUAAUUUCCACAGAUCGGCCCUGGCUGAUGGAGCCUCGAAAAGUCCAGAAACUCCAGGAGAAGAUCUACUUUGCUUUGCAGCACAUUAUGCAGAAGAACCACAUGGAUGAAGAUGCACUGGCUAAGUUAAUCAGCCGAAUCCCAACGUUGUCAGCCCUGUGCACGCUUCAUACAGAGGAGCUCCAAGCCUUCCAGCAACUCCACCCAGAAACAGUCAACGUCCUCUUCCCUCCACUCUACAAAGAACUUUUUAAUCCUGACCCAAACUCUGCCAUGGCCAUGCCCAAGUGACUGCCUGUGGUCCAAAUGCAACCAACAAUGGCAGCAGAGGACCAAGAAAUCAAGUUUGCUUCAUCUGGCAUGACGACAGCAGCUGUGUCGACUGUGUCAUUGCAGCAAUCACAUUUUUCCAAGCUCCCCCAGGCUCAUUUCAGGCUGGUGGGUGAGGAUUCAUCUGCUAGAAACUUAGAGUUACCGCCAACAAUACUAGGAAUGUCCAGCACUUAUCCCAUCUUGUUCACCGAUACAGUCUGAAGAAUGUAUAUAAAUGAAACAUGCCCCAAGUCACAACCUGAGGGGGCUUUCACCUGUCUCCUGAACUGAGCUGAACUGAACUGACUGACCAGAAAUGUACAGACUUUAAACAUCUAGAAACAACUUUAAGCUGUCAAUUUUUUUUUAAGUGGGUAAGUUAAUUUGAUUUAACCUAAAAAAAAUAUUCAGUUCAAUUUUUUUUCAUUUCAAAUGAAGAUAUUGUGAAGUCAAAUGAGCUGGAUGGGGGAGGGAACUGUGGAUUUAGAGAAGCUAUUGUAGAUAUUCUUCUAGUGGAGAAAGGAUUCCAGUAUUACUUCUUGUUCUGUUAAAAUAAGUUAGUCCUAAUUUAAAUAUACAGCAGUCCAUUGUGGCUGAUGAUACCUUGUCUAUGUGUUCUUAUUUUAUUUGAUAGUUUUUUUGUGUACAGAAUUUGUAAAGUUGAGACCUGUAAAAGAAUACUAGGCAAAAACCGGGAGAUGAUUUGGGUUUGUUGAUAUACAGAAGCCUUGUCUGGAUUUUGUUCAUAUGUAUAGAAGGCGUUGCAUCCUUCUGAUCAGAACUUAUAGAAAUGUAAAGAGAGCAUAUGAAGGAUUUAAAAAAAAAUUGCUACUACUUUUCAAGGUGAAGAUAUAUACAUAAAUAUUCUAUUUUGCAAGAAAAAGAACCUGGCAGAUUUGCCAUCCUAUCAAUCAUUUAUUUCUCGCUGCAAUAAUCACGUCCAUUAAAGCUGGACUGCUUUCGAACAAUCAACCAGAAUCGACUAAUCAGAAACCAGGACCUCACAGUAGAACCCCCCCCAACCUCUGUCCAAAUUCCCUUUACCCUGCUCUUUAUCUCUCACGAAUCAGGACCUUGGCAUUAUCUUUUGGCAGAUAAGGAGUCACAAUAAAGAUAUGCAUUAAUAUUCUACAAGAAAAGACAAAAAGAAUAAAAGAUGACUAAAUAAGACAAACUUGAAUUAAGCUAACUUUCAAGUCACUCAAAGCUAGAGUGCUAUAUGCCCUCAUCCUCCUAUUUGCACAUAUAGUCCAGGGACGUUGGUCACUCCGGAUUGUGAACAUGAAGGACCCUUUCUUUAAGAAGCAAUAACUUUCACACUGCGUUUUUGAUCUUACUCCUCUGCUUUCCUCCUCUUCCCUCCUUGUUUUUUAGCCGUUUAGAACAGGGUAGCAGUUCUAUCUAGGAUGCACUAUAUUUCACUGUUGGUCAAUGACAAUGUCGAGGAAUCCUCUCUGUGGAUGGUACUCAUUCAACCUCAGACUGCAGCAUUUUUACUGUAGCACAGUGCAAUCUGUUGUUAGGACACAAAACUGAGCACUGACUGAAAAAUGUUAAGACAAAUUAGCCUCCAUUGAUCUAAACAACAUUUACAGCUGAACAUCAGCCAUUUAUACAGAAAGCUGUGAUAGACAAUCACUUUUCACUUAGUCAUUCCACAAUUAGUAGCACUUACAGACUGUAGUUGUUUUUUUUUUAUUUUUGUAUUCUGGCUUUAGUGGACCUUUGUCCUGUCUUAGCAUAUUGCUGUCACAGCCUUUACUUGUUAAGGAACAAGCUAAAAAAUCACAGAAGACACUCAUAUCAGGGGUUUCUGCAUACAUUCAUUAGAUGCUCUGUAUGCAUUACCUUUGCAAAGAAGUCUCUGAUGAUCAAUAAUAAAUCUUAGCACAACUGAAAUGAGCCAUUUACAAAAUACAGAACUCUCUUCUCAACUGAAUAAAUCAGCUCUUAUUUUUAGUUUUUUACCUAAAUACAGGUUAGAAAUAAUUAUUUAGCAGGUUUUCUUUUUUAAUCUAAGAAUUUUUUUUUUACCUUAUUGUGAAAUGCCAUGAUUGAUGGAUUCUGACCUAGUGUUACUUCAGCACUAGAACUCUCUGAGGGUUUCACGUAAUUGCAAAAAAUUAUUUGCAAAGUGGCCAAAUCCUCAGCUUCUUACAGGCAUGGUCAGUUAAAGAAGUAAUAUGUCCAUCAACAUUAAACACACAAGAGCCCUUAAUGUUAUUAUCCCUCCAUUCAUGUUUUUCUUCACGUAGAGAAAAAAAAAGAAAAAAUAUCAACAGCGUGGAGAUACAAGCAAUGCCAAUUGUAUCCACAUCUAUGUGUUUCAUGCUGUGUCAAUGGUCAAUUUACUUUUUCCUCCUAAGUGAAGCAACUUUCCUUCAACCCCCGACCACAGAUCAGAGGCCAGUGACUCUUGAAGACAAUCACUUGCUCAUUAAGGCUCGAUGCACUACGCAGCAUCUCUCAGGGAGCAGCUCUUUUUCUGACUUUGCAUUAAAAGAGGGUUAAAUAUUUUUACAAAUUUACAAAAAAAAAUAAUAAUUAUGAAGAACUUUUUAGGAUAAUGAUGGCAUACACCGCCAAUAUAUGUCAGCAAUGGAAUCUGCCCAGACAAGGCUUUGAUAGACGUAUGUCUAUGUAUGUGUGUAUUUUGUGCGUAUGUGUCUGUGUGUAUAGAGCAUGAAUUCACUGUCCAUAUCUCUGUAGCCAUUCAGACCACAAGGCAAAUAUCUUUACAUAAUGAAACAAUAAAGAAACACUACAUCA